AUGUUGAUUCGAACAAAGCAUAAUGAUCUAGAUCCACCAGUGGAAACAGCAGAAUCACUAGCAGCCAUUAGCAUGCUUCACUUGGGAACUCAUUAUGAACUCCAAUCCAUGCGCACACUAGAGACGUUGGGCAUACAGUUGCGACGAGUCGGUGGUUCUAAUGAUCGAGGAGUCGACUUGCGAGGACAGUGGAUCCUUCCAACUAGUACUGCAUCGGACAGUCAUCGCACUAUACCAGUGGUUGUUCAGUGCAAAGCAGAGAAAAAACCACUUGGACCCAGCAAAGUACGAGAGCUACAAGGGACGUUAUUGGGAGAGUUUGAUUCAACUAUUGCAAUAUUGGUUUCGUUGUCCGGAUUUACCAGUCAGGCAUAUGCAGCAGCUGAACGAGCACAAAAGAUUUGUAUGGUGGAGAUUGGCUUGCAUGGUGGAUGCAAAUCGUUUUGGAUUGGACGCAAAGCAUCUCAGUUGUUGGGUGGAGUAUCGGUCGUCAAGAGUUUCAAUGGCAACAUUACUGUAGUAAUGCCGCCUACUUUAUAG